AUGCCAAUUAAUAUUAUUACUAAUUCUCAUCAUUCACGAAAGAGUAUCAUUCAUCAUUUUAUUCAACAUCGACAUCAAAAAAAACGUCGUCAUACAAUUAAAACUAUCAAUCCUGUCAUUCCAUUAAAUCGAACAAAUUCAGCACCUCAUAUACUAUUUUCAACAUCUACAACUUUAACUCCUACGACUACAAUUCGAACUAAUAAUUCUGAACAACAACAACAACAACAACAACCAACAAAAAAUGUUGGAACAUGGUUUAAAUCAUCAUCAAUAGGUCGUUUUGUUAAAUCAUUUGGUAGACAUUCUCGUCAAAAUCAAAAAGUUACUAAUUCAAAAACUCGAAGAAUAAAAUCUCAUCGAUCAUCGACAAUAGAAAGACUAUCGGAAAUUAUAUUUUAA